AUGCUUGCUGACGUGGCUGUGGAGGAGACGUUGGAUGAAUCGCGUAAAGGGAGAUUGACGGCCGAGAUUGAGGUAACUGUUUCAGAAUGUAAGGAGAACGAAUCGAGCGAGACCAGCACUAUCGGCAGCGGUGGAGGCAGUGGGGAGUCUGUUCGCCUGCUGCUGUCUGCAGCAAUUGCUGCAGAAGUGAUUUCGGGAAGUGACAGUAGAGCUAACAAUGGCCGCGUUAUUCUGUCAAAUCAAGAGGCCUGCACUGCUCGGCGGAUGGAAACGGCCUGCCUGGGCGGGGUGCGGCCGUCAGCUGGCGUGGCGGCCAUCAUGCGCGCCCAAUCCGCCUCCGCCCUGUCCGCCCUCCCCCACUCCACCGCUGUGUAUCUCGAGAGGGGAGCUGCCGCUGCACCAGGCGCUGGAAAUGCAGCAGACGCACGGGCAGCAGAAGGAGCCAAAGCAGCAGCGGCGGGGACUUGUGGGGGAUGCGCUAACGAUCCCCUUCUGAACUGCACAAUUCGCACACUCGCCUGGAGGUUCCUCCGUGCGGGUUCCACCCAUCCUUCCUCCUCCUCCGCCUCCUCCCCCUCCUCUCCCUCCUCCCCCUCCUCUUCCUCCUCUCCGUCCACCCUCUCUCCGGAGUCAUCCUUCGUAGUGGCUGCAUUUGAGCCCGAGAGCGCUGCUGCAGUGGCUGCCACCUUCCACCCCUCCCGCGCGCCUCUCCUCCUCCCCGUCACCCUAGCCCGCCUCAAGCGCUGCUCUCGCUCCUCCUCCUCCCCAGCAGCUAGAAGACUGCUUCAGGAGUCCAGAGCGUCAGAUUCAGCUGCUGCCGCUGCUGCUGCUGCUGCUACAGCUGGUGCUGCUGUUAGUGAUGGUGCUGCCUCCGAUGCUGCUGGUGAUGCCACUGGUGCUGGUACUGCCCCUGGUCUGGAUGUGACAGUGUGGAAGGGUGACAACAUCGAGUGGAGCUGCGCCCAGCUGCAGGUGGCGGAGGCGUGGGUGGUGUCGACAGCAGCGGCGCUCAUCCACACCCGCGCGUCUCUCGAGGCCCGCUUCCUCCUCGCCCAGGCCAGCGUCGGCACUGCUAGGCGGAUCCUCUCAGGGGCUACGGGGGGAGGAGAAGGAACAGGGGUGGAAGAGGGAGCAGAGGGAGCAGACGCUGAGGGUCGUGACAGCAGCGAUGGCAGCAGCAGCAGCAGCAGCAGCAGUGGAGCUUCGUUUGUUGUGGAGCCAAGUGUGUGUGAGGCGCCUGCUGCCGUGUCAUUCAAGGGCAAAGCCGAGAGGUUUCUGCGGCAAUUCAUUGUGGAUGAGAAGCUCAAUACAAUCUACUGCUUUGUGCCCAAGGCCGCGUGUACAAGCUGGAAAACCUGGUUCCGGCAGCAGCAGCAGGGGCAGGGGCAGAAAAACAUUUCAGACGUGUACCUCACGCACGACCACUACAAGAGCGGCUUACGCAUUCUCGCAUACCAUUAUAACGAGUACGAGGUGAUCCGGCUGCUGACCCGCCCGGAUUUCUUCAAGUUCUCGUUUAUUCGGAAUCCGAAAUUGAUGGAGGAGCAAGGAGGGAAGGACCUGUUUGGGUUCAGUGACUUCGCGUAUCUGCUGAGGAAUGUGGAGGAGAGGGUGAGAAGCUAUAUGGAGUCACACGUGCAGCCUCAGAUGGAUGUUUGCCGGUUUGACGCCAUCAAAUUCGACUUCAUUGGCCGGUUUGAGAGCCUCGAUGCUGACGUGGCAGAGGUUCUGCAUAGGCUGAAUAAGACGGACGCCUCUGGUGCAUUCUCCAUUGGGCUGAAUGCGCACAGGACAAAUGCAGAGGACAAACUGACAUCUUUAUACGACGAGGUAUGUCUCUUGCGAGCCUGUUCUCGUCCUCUUUCAGAGUAA